GACUUUGUCCUUACGGAUCGUGAAGAGGGACAUAUGCCCCUCCAAUUAGCUUAGCUUUGUUUUGUCUGCCGCUUUGGACAUGGCAGCGCACCUAAAAAAGCGCGUUUAUGAGGAAUAUUCCAAAGUGAUUCAGAUUCCCCCAGAGGAAGCGCCGCAGAAAAAGCUCCGUCUCUCCAAGCCCAGUAAGUCCGCGGCUCUGCACAUCGACCUGUGCAAAGCCUCCGGCUCCACCGAGGCAUUGCAGUACCUGCUGCAGUUCGCCCGCAAGUCCGUGGAGGCAGACAGCGUGGAGGGAGUGAUCCGAAUCCUGCUGGAACACUACUACAAGGAAACGGACAACUCUGUGAGGCUAAAAAUCGUCUCCCUGCUGGGUCUCCUCUCCAAGACCAAGGGCUUCAGCCCCGACUGUAUUGUAGACGAUGCCAUCAAUGCCCUCACCACAGAGAAGUCCCACCAGGUUCUCGCCCAGCUGAUGGACACGCUGCUGGUGAUUGGUUCUCGGCUGCCUGACAACCUGUCAGUCAGACAGAGGCUAAUAGAGAUGGCCUGCAAGCACCUGGCUGACACGUACUUUGGGGUGAGGAACAAGUGUCUGGAGGUUCUGGGCCACCUCGGCACCGUAGACUCCCCUCUGAGCCGAGACGGAGAGUCCCACCCGUCUCUGAGUGGGCUGAGGGAUGUCCAGAGUGUCAUCAGUGACUACUUUGGUGACCAGGAGCCCAGAGUCCGCACAGCAGCCAUCAAGGCCAUGCUGCAGCUCCACGAGAGAGGAAUGAAGAUUAAUCAGAUUAUAUACGAGCAGGCCUGUCGCUUGCUGUCUGAUGACUACGAGCAGGUGCGAUCAGCUGCGGUGCAGAUGGUGUGGGUCCUCAGCCAGCUGUAUCCAGAGAGCAUUGUGCCAAUCCCAUCGUCCAAUGAGGAGGUCCGACUGGUAGACGACUCGUUCGGGAAGAUCAGUCACAUGGUCAACGACGGAUCCUGGAUGGUCCGGGUGCAGGCCGCAAAAACACUGGGCUCCAUGCUGCAGGUCAGCCAUUACUUCCUGGAACAGACGCUGGACAAGAAGCUGAUGUCAGAUCUGAGGAGGAAGCGCACAGCCCACGAGCGCGCCAAAGAGCUGUACGCGUCCGGAGAGUUCUCCUCCGGCAGGAAGUGGGCGGACGACGCCCCCAAGGAGAGGCUUGACACCAACGCCGUCAACCUGAUCGCCUCAGGGGCCUGCGGGGCCUUCGUGCACGGCCUGGAGGACGAGAUGUACGAGGUGCGCAUCGCGGCGGUGGAGGCGCUCAGCCUGCUGGCCCAGUCGUCCCCCAGCUUCGCGGAGAAGUGCCUGGACUUCCUGGUGGACAUGUUCAACGACGAGAUCGAGGAGGUCCGGCUGCAGUCCAUCCACGUGCUGCGGGAGAUCUCCACCAACAUCAUCCUCCGGGAGGACCAGCUGGACACAGUGCUCGCCGUGCUGGAGGACAAAUCCCGGGACAUCAGAGAGGCGCUCCAUGAGCUGAUCUGCUACACCAACGUGUCGAAUAAAGAGUGUGUCCAGCUGGCUCUGCUGGAGCUCCUGAAGAACCUCAACAAGUACCCCACCGACCGCAACUCUGUCUGGAAGUGUCUGAAGUUCCUGGGCUCCAGACAUCCCACGCUCGUUCUGCCUCUGGUCCCGGAGCUGCUCAGCACACACCCUUACUUCGACACGCCCGAACCCGACAUGGACGACCCUGCUUAUAUUGCAGUGCUGGUGCUGGUGUUCAAUGCAGCCCAGGCCUGUCCCACCAUGUCCUCCUUGUUCUCCGACCACACCUUCAGACACUACGCCUACCUCCGGGACAGCCUGUCCCACCUGGUCCCAGCGCUCCGGCUGGCGGGGCGCGGGGUGGAGCUGGUGGUCUCGGCGGCCGGCCCCGGGUCGGUGGAGUCGGCCCAGGUCUUCCUCCAGGACAGCCUGAACCGGACCAACACCAUCCACAGCCUGGAGGCCCCCGGGAGCCAGGACCUGCUGGACUUCACCAUACGGGACCUCCAGAGGUUGGGGGAACUCCAGACGGAGCUGGCUGGCGCUGCAGACUUCUGUGCCACUUACCUCCGUUGCCAGCUACUGCUGAUGAAGGCCCUGCAGGAGAAGUUCUGGAACAUGGCUGUCCCCCUCUGCCUCAAACAGAACGUCAUGGCAACGGCGGCUGCUCGGCAGAUCCUGGAGGAGACCUACAAGCUUGAAUUUGUAUACAGCGGUCUGGAGCGCAGACAGGUGGCCACGGUCCAUCACGUCAGACUGCAGGCCAGGGCCCUGCAGCUGGUGCUGACGGCACGCACACGCAAAGGGUUAGAACCUCUCGUCAGCAGCUGUGACAAGUUUCUCCAGGAAGUAGAUUCUUUUCAGAGGCAGUUCCUCACCGAGCUGCCCCACUUCCAGGAGAGCUUUGUGGGCAAGCUGCUGGAGCUGAUGCCCCGACUCUCCUCCUGCAAGACGGUGGAGCUCAUAAAGAUCCUACAGAGCACUCUGCGACAGAGCAGCAUGCUACCGCUAACGCUGCCCCAACAGCUGCACCGUGCCACGGCCACCAUCAUCGAGCCGACGGGGGAGUCGGACAACCCGCUGAAGUUCACCACGGGCCUGGUGGUGGCGCUGGACAUCGACGCCACGCUGGAGCACGUCCAGGACCCCCAGAGCCGGGUCAAGGUCCAGGUUCUGUAUCCCGACGGACAGGCACAUGUGAUCACCCCCAAACCAGGAGACUUCAGGAAACCAGGCCCUGACCGGCACCGUCUCAUCACCCAGGUGUACCUGUCCCACUCUGCAUGGACAGACCCUGGUCACGUGGAGGUAAGCCUCCUCCUUGCAUACAGCUCCUCCACCUCCUCCAAGCCAAGCUGGGCCGACAGCGCAGACAGCCUCCCACCACCGGAGGGCGCCAUAGAAGGAACGAUCCCCUUCAGCAAGAGCGUCAAAGUCCUCAUCAUGCCCAAACCGGCUCGCCGCUAAAACAGUCCGUUCUCCAAGAGCUUCCAACCUGCUCGUUGAUCCUAUUUGAGCGUACAUUUCACGAAUUGGACAUUUUUUUCAAGGGUUAUUCCCGAAGUAUGACGAUACUGUCACUGUCCCACCGACAGAAGGAACCUCAACUUGCCUCCUGGGACAUGGGUCCAGAUCCAGUCAGAACCCAGGGGUUCCAGUGGCCCUGAGCAGAAACCCUGAUUUGGUUUGUUUCUCUUCGUACCUACCGCAGAGUUUCAGGGUAGAGGAUUUGUUUGUACAACAUUUGUAAUAUACUAAAGACAAUUUCUUGAAAAAUAAACAAGGCAAGAAAAUUG